UAUCAGUGACAGAACUGACAGACAACAAGUUGAAAAGUUGAGAGAAAGAAACCUGACUAGGUAGCUUAGCAAGGAGUAAAUGAAUAUAAGGGUUAUAGCCACAGAGUACUUUCUAUAUAUAAUGAAUUUCUAUAUAUAAUAUAUAAUGGUUAUAGCUUAGCUAGGUACUUAGUAAACAUAGCUCUAAGAAUAUCACCUAGUAAAUUCGCUUUGUUUGUUACUAAAGACUAGUAUAAACAAAUUAAUAAUUGUAAACCUAUAUAAUUAUCUCCAAGAUGAGGGUUUUUAUGGCAGAAGAUAAUCUUUGUGCUCAAAAUCUUUUAAAACUUAUUUCACAUGGUAAUGCUAUAGUAGCAGAGAUAUUGAGACUCAAGGAUCAUAAGCCUGCAGUUUAUUUAUUAGAAACUAAAGACCUACAGCAAAAGUAUCAAGAAAUUAUAAUGGAUUUCAGUUACUUCAAGGUUUCAGAUGUUCAGGAAAAAAAAAUUAGUAUAAAUGUGAAAUUACAAGAUGUGGAUGAUGAUCUCAAAGAAAAAUAUCUUGAUCUAAUAACAAGAUUUUACCUGUUAUUUGAAAAUAUUUAUCAAUAUGUUGUUGAUUUGAUUUCCUUUACUGAACAGUUAAAUGAUGGUGCAUUUAUACAACAGACUAUUGAAACGGUACUGAGAGAUGUGGAGGGUAAACAAUUGUUGUGUGAGUCCCUGUACUUGUAUGGAGCAAUGCUGUUACUUUGUGACCUGUUUAUGCCUGGACCAUUUCGGGAAAGAUUGUUGGUAGCAUUCUACAGAUAUAGCACCACUCAGUCCCAGACUAACAUUGACGAUGUUUGUAAACUCUUGAGGGACACAGGCUAUGAUCAGCAGCUUGCCAAAAGACCUGCCGAUUACCCUGUGGAAUUUUUCAGCCGUAUCAACAUUCGUCCAGAAUUUAUUGAUAAAGUUAUUGGUAAAUUGAGAUCAGAAGAUAUAUACAAUCAGUUAUCAGUGUAUACCUUCCCAGAACAUCAGCCCUCGGCUUUAGCAACACAAGCUAGCAUGUUAGUCAUAUGUCUGUUUUUUGCUCCAUAUUAUUUGCAUAGUGAUAUUUCAAAAAUGAGAGAAAUUGUUGACAAAUUUUUCCCGAGCAACUGGAUCAUACCCAUUUAUAUGGGCGUAACAUUAAACAUAAUUGAUUUUUGGGACAAUUUCAAAGCUGCAAAAUCUGCACUGAGCAACACAUGUUGUAAUAAAAGCGUCAAAGAAGUAUUUGCUAAAAGAGGUGAAUCUGUACCAAUAUUAACUGACAAAAUUCAUAGAUUGUUAAAAGAAGGCAUUCUAACUGAAGAUUAUGUAUUGGACAAUAUUAAUAAGAUUUUAAACUUACUUUUAAAUUCCAACCUAGUUGUCAGAUGGUUAUUAUUGCACAAUUCCGAUGUCAUAUUUUUUGAUAAUAAUAAAAGGGGGAAACAAUUGAAAGAUAUAGUAAUGAAAGAAUCAAAUUACGAUCCAUUGAAGCUGCUUGAAUUACUGAUUAGCACUGCAGAACUGGAACUGAAGGUGAGAGAAAUUUUAACAAAGCUUCUUGAAAACAAAAACCAUUCUUGGAACACCAAUAAAGCAUUAGCUUUGGAAGCUGUAAAUAAUUUGUCUGAAUUAUUUUCUGGAAACAAAUCGUUUACGAAAGUUCAAGAAAAUGAACAGUUAAAACUCUGGUUUGAUAAUAUUGCUAAACAAAUAUCUUCCCUUAGUGAAAGUAUCACAACUAAAUCUAUAAAAAAGAUUACUCAAUUAAUACAAGCUCUUGAUGAAGUCGAAGAAUUUCACGGUAUCAAAGGAACGUCGACAGUUGUACAGUAUCUCAUGGAAAGUAAAGAGGCUCUGAAAAAUGUGCUGAGGGCAGCAACACUUAAAGAAGAUUCAUUGGUAACAUUAGAAACAGUUGCAGAUGUUAGCUAUGCUUGGUGUUCUAUUGACUGUUACACUAAGCACAUGCAAGACAGUAUCAAAGAGAACCCAGCUGUCACCAGCCGCUUGCGAGCUUUGUUCCUCAAAUUGGCGAGUGCUAUGGAGAUACCACUGCUAAGGAUAAACCAAGCUGGCAGCGAGGAUCUAGUGUCCGUCUCGCAGUACUACAGCAAUGAAUUGAUUAAAUAUAUACAAAGAGUAUUACAAAUAAUUCCAGAGAUGGUGUUCAGUAUAGUUGAAAAAAUAAUAGAGCUCCAAACAUGGACUAUCAAAGAAGUGCCUACAAGGUUAGAAAAAGAGAAAUUGAGAGAAUAUGCACAACUUGACCAUAGAAUGGAGGUCGCCAAGCUUACUCGUUCUGCUUCUACGUUUACUACAGGAAUACUAGAUAUGAGGUCUACCCUUGUCGGGAUAAUCAGAGUAGAUCCCGCGGAAUUGCUUGAGGAGGGCUUGCUAAAAGAAUUGGAUACUCAUAUAAGUAAAAAAUUCACUGAAUUCCUGGAACCUCAGACAAAGAAGUCAACUGCUGCAUCCAGUAACUUAUUGCCCCGUUUACAAAAGUUAGCUGACAGUAUGAAUGGUUAUAAAAGAUCACUUGAAUACAUUCAAGACUACAUUAAUAUGCACGGUUUGAGAAUAUGGCAGAAGCAGGUUGCAACGAUUAUUUACGAGAGUGUGGAGAAAGAAAUAAGUAUACGUAAAGGUGUGACUGUUUACAGUCCUUCCGCCGGUUUCAUGGGAAGCCUGGCUAGACAAGUCGCGCAGUUGAUUGACGCCAGGACUUGUACAUAUAUCAACAUAUGCGCUGCAUGGUUUGAUGUAAAAAAUCAGAACGAAAUAGUCAACAACAAGACAUUUGCUAAAUUAAAUGAAGCUAUUGGGGUUGUGGGUCUGCAUGGUUUGGAUACAUUGUAUGCCCAUAUGAUAAAGAACCAACUGCAAGGAGCACAGCAAAUUCUUAGAAGUAGUCAUGACAAAAUCACUACAAAUGUUAAUGAACCAAAAGAUAUUGAACAAACUAUUCUUAGAAAUCAAAAACCUUUGCAUCAAUUAGUAGAUGUAUUAAUUUUAAUUGGUAGUUUACAAUUACUCAGAAAACAUAUUUCAUAUCAGUUGAAUUCAACUUGCAAAUUUGACUCUGCACAUUUGGAAGCUUCCCUGAGUACACUGAAUGAAUCAGUUCUGCAAGAAAUUAAAUCUGACACAGAAAAUAAACAAAAAGUAUCUAACAAUAUGUUGCGUAAUUUGGAAAAAUAUCUAGAGAGAUGUGGAAUAUAUCAGCCAUUUGAGAAAAUAUAUCUGAAACCUACACAGGAGUUUCUGAACAUGGACAUAGGGAGAGUACUUGCAAUUCUUUUAAUAUCCCAGUUAUCGAAACUGCAACUUUGUCAUACUACUGGAGACCUGAUUUCGAAGAAAACAGGAGACAAUAUUGAUGGGUAUCCGCUGCUUGUUGGAAUAUACACAAUUUUAUGCCAAACAAAGAUGGAGAAUACGAAUAUUUUUGUGGAUUUCCUGUGUCAUCAUGUCAGCUACAUAGUACUAGCAAAGUCUAGAUUAUCAGAGGCAUCAAGUGAAGGCAUAUUAAUUGUCAGAAUAUUGGAAUUGUUUUGUGAGACGUUUAAUUAUCCUUAUGAAAAUUUGGAAAACAAGUUACCACUCAUCUUAUUAGCAAGUCCACAUAGAAAGUGACAAAAGGUCCUAAGAGAAUUUUUGACUUAAACUCAUGUAUUUUAUUGGGCAGAAUUAAAUAUAUAAACUUAAUAAA